AUGGCAGAGCUGCGAGAUGGUUGUACGCAUAACCCUUUGCUCUCUGAUCGCUCAGGGAAAUCUAACACAACAGCCGGGUAUCGAAGCAAUGAUGGCACCGCCAGUCAAGUCCGAGAUCCACUAGGGCAACAAUGUGUAGCAGCUAUCAAGAGACUCGCAUCCUUUGGUGCGGGUGGCACAGGGGCUCCAAGCAAGCCCACGAAUGCGUCAACGGCUCGCCUGGAUAGGAUCACGACAGAUCGCACAGAAUGGGCGGCAAGAGGCAAACGCAGCCCUGGGCCCAUAUCUAGCACGCGACUGAAGGACGGUUCACCUGGUGAAAUCAGCCAGGUCCCACAACAUCCUUAUCAUAUGGAUUCUCCAACGAUACCCGGUUGGUAUCCGAUCAACGAUGAUUCUAGUGGUCCAACCAAUGCCAGGUCCAGCGAGAACCCUUUUCUCAAAGCUAUACUCAACCCCAUCCAAGCUACCAAUGCUCUUUCCAGUACACGAAGGGAUACACCAUUGUCGAAGAAUGACGGAUACCCCAGGCAUAACGACUCGAAGAACAACAUGGAUAGUUCGAAGGUUCCCUCUAAUGUGCCUGGACUUGCCACGGAGCUGAGAUCUGAAAUGGGAAAGCCCCUGCCGGUGCUCCCAACUGAGGCGAAAACAUUACCCACAAUGACGCCUCUACAAAGCCCUCCUACAUCUAACAGCUGCUGUUAUCUUAUACCACAACAAGGAUCCAAGCAACUCUUAUACCGCUGUAGACGUCAGCUAUCGUCAGCCACAGGAAACUCCCUUCGCAGAGAACAUUCACCGGGAAGCACUCCUUCGAAUGCACCUGCUACAGAACAAGAGCGACAGAGGCAAGCCGAAUUCCAUGUGAACGCGCAACAACUUUCACCUAUUAUGCUUCAUGUUGGGGUGAUCUCACCCAACGCUCACUUGACCCUGCCAGCGCCGGAAUUGAACGAACUUCGAAAUGAUGCAAAACGCCACGCCGAGCAGUUUAAAGUCCUAAGCAAACAUGAAGUCGCAAUGUGUUCACAGAAGCUAGAGAAAUUAAAGGAGCACUGCAAAUACCUCCAAGAUACAUGUAUCUCCUUACAAUCAGAUCGUCGCAUUCUCCAAGAGCAGAAAAUCCGGGAUCUCAAGUCCGCAACUUGGAUUGGUCCCAAGUGGAAGGGUAGAAUGUUAGUACGCGAGCAGGAAUUAAUGAAUCUCGAUAUUUCCAUUAAGAAAUGGACCGGGAUGUUGGAGCAGGCAGUGGAAAAACGAGACUUCAUACACCAGAGGCUGUUGGAACAUAUUGCUGCGAUACUAGCCCUCGAUUCGCCAAUUGUGUUGCCGUCGCAAUACCUACAAUUUAGCACUAAUAACACCCUGGGUUCCUCAGACAUUUCCCAGGAGAGGAUUCAGUCUAUCCCCAUUUUUGCCGAUUCAGCUCUUUUUACAGCAGCGGGCUGCCCUAACCCUACGUAUCGUUCGGCGACCUCGUCCGCACGAUGCCAAAAGUCGAACACCUGUCAGUCGGUUACGGAGCGCGGUGCAUGGUUUCAUAAUAAUGUCGAUGAGUUGGUUGCGCCCAGUCUUACACAAAAGACCUUGGCCGCGCAGGGGGUUGAAACCCUGGGAUUCUUCAUAGACGCUACAGUCCCCGGACUCUACUAUUUGUACAGUGCUCGCUUAUCAGUGAAUUGGAUGAACUUCGCGCGUCGCCAUGUCGAGUCGACGCUGGACCCCUUUGUCUGGAGUCUCCGGUGUCUGGGUACCCUUCACCUGGGCAUGAAACACCAGGACCAAGAUACGAUUGCUAGGAGUAGGUCUAUGUAUAGUCGGGGGAUUCAUGGCUUGCGUGGUUUGUUACGACGACCCCGAUUCGCCCGAUCGGACAUGACCCUCGCCAUCGCCGUCAUGCUCGGCAUCUACGAGAUGAUGGAUCCGAUCACACCACAGUCCUGGCUCACCCAUUCCAGUGGUAUUGCCACCCUAAUUCGCUUGCGAGGACCAAAUGCUCACCGUAGUGGGUUUGGUCGUACUUUAUUAAUUUCCUUCAAGUCAUUCAUAGUGGCUGACGCGCUCAUUCGAGGCGAAGCGUGUUUCUUAGCUGAGCCAGCAUGGCAAUCGGCGCUCGGCGACACUCUCGUCAAGGAAAGUGGAAAUGGAAAGGGCAGCCAGCUCGGUAAUCUAGUCGAGCUUAUCUUUAUCGAGAUAACUAAGUGUCCGGGUCUCUACGCUCGCGCCUGCGCAGUGAUCAAAAAUGAUGAAACAGAUCACUCCAUGCGCGAGACACUGAGGCAGGAAACCAUGCGGUCUAGGAGAAGGCUCCAGCACCUGAGAAACCAACUGGAGUCGGUAUUUCCAGUCUCACUAGACAGUGAGGCGCUGAGAAACAAACCAGACCUUAUUGCACUAAUUCCAGUUCCAGUGGCCCAGAAAACCAGGCACUUUGCUGGUCAUGGGGCUCUGUCGGCUCUCGCCCUUCUAGACCAGAUUAUCGCACUUACUCAGUCCGAUCAUCGCCAGCUAUCCACAAAUCCAACAAUGCCUACAUUACCGGUGUGGGAUGUACUGCCCGCCCCAGCGACUACUCCUCGUAUGACAAUGGGUAAGAAAGAGACUCUGGAGAAUCAACUUCCGGCAUGGCCGGAUCAACUGGCGCUGUCUAUGGGAAUGCUUGCUGUAAAGCACGAUUUGCAUGUAUGA